AUGGCAUCAGCCUCUACGUUUAGAGAUGGCGCAUGGCAUGGCAAAAUUGAGGAAGGCGGACAAUUUCCCCCGGAGGCUGGACGAUACCAUCUAUAUAUCGGCCUCUUUUGCCCCUUUGCUCACCGAGUAAACCUCAUUCGACACCUCAAAGGCCUUACAGGGAUAGUCGACAUAUCAAUAGUAAAAGCCUACCCAAAAGGCGACGACAAAGGAUGGCCCGGCUGGAAGUUUCCCAGCGACGACGACCCCUACGCAGAUGCGACUACGGAUCAGCUCUUCGGAAGCAAGUAUUUGCAUGAAGUUUACUUUAAGGACAAAGGAGAUUACGAAGGAAAAUUCAGCGUCCCGGUUGUUUGGGACAAGAAGACAAACCAAAUUGUUAACAAUGAGAGCUUAGAAAUCCUCAGGGAUUGGAACACGGCUUUCAAUUCAAUUCUCCCAGACAAUUGCAAGACCGUGGAUCUAUACCCGGAAGACUUGAGAGGGAAGAUUGAUGAGAUUGGGGCUUGGAUGCAAUCGGAUUUGAAUACCGGGGUUUACAAGGCCGGAUUCGCACCUGACCAGGAAACCUACGACAGAAACGUUGUUCCUGUUUUCAAAGCACUCAAUCGAAUGGAAAAAUUAAUUGCGCAAAACGGAGGCCCUUAUGUGCUCGGCUCGCGGAUUACCGAGCUGGAUUUACGCCUGUAUCCCACGAUCGUAAGAUUUGACACCGCGUAUGUCCAGCAUUUCAAGUGUAAUCUUGGGACCAUCAGGCAUGAUUAUCCGAUUUUGAAUGAGUGGUUGAAGAAUCUUUAUUGGAAUGUGCCUGGGUUCAAAGAGACGAUGAACUUUAAACAUAUCAAGGAAAAUUACACCAAGAGCCACGCUGGAAUCAAUCCUAGAGCUAUCACACCUAUGGGACCUGUACCGGACGUCGAAUCUAAUCCACAACUAGACUGGGAGAAUAUCCAGCCUGGAGAAGUGCAGCUACCCGAAUAG